AUGGCAAAAAUGAAGAAGUUGCAAGUUUAUGUGGUGGUCAUAUCCCUAUUCAUCCAUUUGGCGGCGGCGUCACGAGUGGAAGGUAUUUAUGCGGAGAAAACGGUGAAGAUUAUCAAUAGAAUUGGUGGUGGAUUAACACUAACACUCCAUUGUAAGUCUAAGAAUAACGAUCUCGGUGUCCAUACUCUCGCACCAGAUACUACUUGGUCAUUUAAAUUUUCACCAAAUGUUUUCGGCACAACACUCAUUUUUUGUAAUUUUAAGUGGGCUGGAGAAUCACAUUGGUUUAAUAUAUAUGAUGAUGGCAGAGAUGAUAAUGGGGGUUUUCCAUGCGACGAUUGUACAUGGAAUAUAAAACGUACAUCUCCAUGCAGAUAUGACUCUAAAACCAAUUCAUUUGACCUAUGUUAUGGUUGGAAUAAGAACUUUACUUAA